GCCGUCAUGAGGAGGUGGGCGGGAGCGCUGCGGGCCGCGGCUGCCGGUCCCGGUCCGGUGUCUGGCGGGUUUCGGGAGCGUUUCGAUUUCGGCGGCCGCGAUGUGGCCUCCUGGUUCCCGGGGCACAUGGCGAAAGGCCUGCGGCAGAUGCGGGCCUCCCUGCGGCACGCCGACUGCCUCAUCGAGGUGCACGACGCUCGCAUCCCGCUGUCGGGCCGUAACCCCAUGCUGCGGGAAGUACUGGGCAUCCGUCCACACAUCCUGGUGUUCAACAAGAUGGACCUGGCUGAUCCCCACCGGCAGCCGGCUAUCUUAGGGCACCUCAAGCAGCAGGGAUGCUCGCAUGUUGUCUUCACUGACUGUCAGCGUGAUGUCAAUGUCAAGAAGAUUGUUCCUCUGGUUGCUAAGCUGGUGGAAAACAGCCCACGCUACCAAAGGAGCGAGAACUCGGAGUACAACAUCCUGGUGAUUGGUGUGCCCAACGUGGGCAAGUCAUCACUCAUCAACUCCCUGCGGAGGCUCCACCUCAAAAAGGGGAAAGCCACUCCAGUUGGUGGUGAGCCAGGUGUCACCAAGGCAGUGCUGACCAAAAUCCAGGUCUGUGAGAAGCCUCUGAUGUACAUAGUGGACACACCAGGCGUGCUGCCACCGAAGCUGGGGGACGUGGAGACAGGCAUGAAGCUGGCACUGUGCGGAGCCAUCCAUGACCACCUGGUGGGGCAGGACGUCAUGGCCGACUACCUCCUGUAUACCCUCAACAAGCAGCAGCAGUUCGGGUACGUGCAGCGUUACGGGCUGGCUGAGGCCUGCGAUGACAUCGGGCAGGUGCUGAGGAGCUUGGCCCUUGCCCAGCGCCAGGUGCAGAAGGUGAAGUUGCUGACAGGCACAGGGAAUGUCAAUGUGACAGUGCCCAACUACACAUCCGCUGCCCACAAGUUCCUGAGGGAUUUCCGAACUGGGCUCCUGGGCAGGGUGACACUGGACUGAGACCUGUCCCAUGAGGAGAAGGCACCACAUGGACCCAGGAGGGCAGGGGAUGGAGACAGGGAUGUUCCCUGAAGACACCCCAGGACCCCAUGGCACCUGGGGCUACCUUUGUGUGGAACUCCAGUAUGUAAUUAAAGCUGCUCUGAGGGGUGCCCCCCCUCUCAGCCUCCGGAGCUGGGGGUACAGGAUCACCAGAGCAAGGGGAGCAGCUGUGCUGUGGUGGCUGCCCCAGGGUGUCCCUAUGCAAGGCCAUGCUUUGGGGCACAGCUACUUCUUCCAGUCGGGACAAAACCCUCAUGGAACAGUUUUCUCACUGUGGUCUUGGCCCUGUCUGGCCCCUCUCUCCUGAAAUAAAGCCACGGUGGGCAAGGGUGAGGGCUGUCCCAGGUCCCCAUCCCCAACCCCACAUCCAGGCACUCGGGUGUU